CACCGGCCGCGCGCACGCGCACCUCGCUCUUGCGCGCUCGUAGCGCCGCUGUCCGCGGUGAUGCUGUGCCACGCGCGCCAGGCGGCCGCGCUCUGACUGCCCUCCACACGCCCUGUGCGCCGGGCGCCCUGUACCUGCCACUGGACUGACUGCACAAUGGCCACUACAAAGAACGAGUAUCACUUUGAAGGCGAGGCGGAGUGCGGCGCGGAGGGCAGCGGCGGCGACGCGGAGAGCCCGCCCCCCCUGCCAGCGUUCGGCUACGCCCACGGCGCGCUGUCGCCGUCCCACUCGCGCAGCUACCAGGAGCUGCGGCCGGCCGCGGCACACGCGCGCGACAUGCAGGCCUACGCGCACCUCGAGGAGGUGUUCAAGCCCGGCACACCGGCCGCGCCCGGCUCCACGGACGGCGUCUACCUGCGCCGCAGCAGCCCCGACCUCAGCCCCUCGCCCGAGCGCCGCGACGACUUCCGCGCGCACUACGAGCCCUACACGCCCGCGCCCGCGCCGCCGGCCUACUCCCACGACCACCACCAUCACGUCGACGGUGGCGGAGGGGGUAGCGGAGGGGGAGGAGUCUAUUCACGCUGCGCAUACGCAGCUGGUUCACCAUACUUCGGUAACGGUGCCGAGAUAAGCACGCAACCGCAGAUCUGGACAUCUAGUGCAGGAGGAUCCCCCAGCUACGGCGGCGGCGGCGGCGUGGUGCUGGGUGAGGAGUACGCGGAGGGCGGCGGCCAGGAGGGCGCGGGGGGAGGCUCGCUGCCAGCCUUUAGCGCGCGCUUCGGAGGCGCCUUCGCGUGCGCCACCUCGCGCCCCAACACCGUGUACGGCACCAGCACCCUCACCGCGCCGCCGUACUCGCACCAGGAGGUUUGGAACUUGGAGAGCAGUCGACGACCACAAAUGUCUGCAGCUGCCAGUCUUUCUGCCAUCGACAUGGCGGCGGAGUUUUUCACGGAGGGGCGCGAGUGUGUGAACUGCGGCGCCAUCCACACCCCGCUGUGGCGGCGCGACGGCACCGGCCACUACCUGUGCAACGCGUGCGGCCUCUACAACAAGAUGAACGGCAUGAACCGGCCGCUGAAGCAGCCGCGGCGGCUGGUACGUCAGCGCCUCGCCGCGCCCCACGCGCCCCCGCACGACAUGGGCACGAAGCGGCCGGGCAUGUCGUGCACCAACUGCCAGACGACGACGACGUCGCUGUGGCGCCGCAACUCGCUCGGCGAGACUGUGUGCAACGCGUGCGGCCUCUACUACAAGCUGCACAACAUCAACCGACCGCUCGCCAUGAAGAAGGACUCCAUACAGACUCGAAAGAGGAAACCCAAAAACAGUAUAAAAGCAGAACGAAGUAUAAAGGCAGCAGUGCAACGCACCGUCACGUCGGGAGUGAAGAUAGAGAACUUGUUGGAGAGCGGGGCGGGCGCGGGCAGCGGCGGCGCGCGCUCCCCGCUGGCGCUGAACUACUACGUGCAGCACGCGCUGAAGGUGGAGGAGCCGCCGCCCGCGCACGCGCACGGCGCGCCGCCGCAGCACGCGCACGCACACGCACACGCGCACGCGCACACACACGCGCACGCCGCGCUGUACGACGAGGAGUACCGGCGCGCGGCCGACGAGCGCCUGGAGCGGCCCACCGUCGUGUCCAUGGGCAGCUGAGCCGCGAGCCCGGCGCCGCACUUAUAGAAUCUCACUUGUCUAGAUACGUUACGUUACUUAGUACAUAGCGCACACUCGCACUCUUAGCUCGAAGUGAGUGUACCGACUGCAGCGGUCAGUCGUGUGUUCCCACUGUUACCAAAUAAUAAUGAUGUAAUAAUAAGCGAUGAGACUGUAUCUGCUGAAUUAUUCCCGGCGUUCCUAGCGCUGCAUUCCUAGGUAGAUAUAGAUAGCUUCUUAUUUACAUAUAAUUAUAUUAUAUAGUGUUCUGAAGAGGCUGUAUUGAAUGUUUCGUAAGUAAAUUUUAUUUUAUGUUGAUCUAUACAAUUUAUAUUUUUAUAAAUAUUUAGCGGAGGUGUGUACUGACACGGCGGUUUAUUUGAGUCGACAUCUCAACACAAAUAUCGGCUUGAGUAUUGUGCAUAAUACGAGCCGUGUCAGAGCGCACCGAGCGCAGCCGACAUUAAUGUCGCUUAGGCAUAUAAUCGUUAACUCCAUGACUUCGACACGCAUUCCAUGAAUGAUCUGACACACACAGGCCACGCCACGUCCACGCCACGUCCACGCCCACGCCAAUGUCCACGUCUGCCUGUAUUUGCACGCCCGACGGGCCUCUCUUGGUACCUCACCCCAAAUUCACACAAACAGGUGAAUCUCGUUCUCAUAGUGAUUCCAGUUUACAAAACAAAUUAUUUUAUAUUUCCGUCCAUUACUUCCGGAGAUUAAUUAUUAGCGUGUCCAUGUGCAAACAGACAAACUGAUAUUUUUCCAUUUUUUCUAACUGUAUCUCUAUCGCCCUACUUUUUUACUGGAAAAUAUUUUGUGUAGACGCUUUUCCGACUGUUCUAUAAUGUACUGAUUAUAAAGAAGUUUUAAUUUUUAUUGUAAUGAAAUGAAAGUGUUCCUACUGGCAUUCACAUUGUAUAAAGUUUCGCGUAUGGGCUGUGGUAGUAGGAGAUGUGUGUGUGUGUGUGUGUGUGUGUGUGUGUGUGUGUGUGUGUGUGUGUGUGUGGUACUGAAGUAAGUGACCGCCGGGCCGCGGCCACCGCCCGGCCUCUAGUAACGCAAAGAUCUGAAGUACCUCUCUACCGCAUUAACCCGAAUUAUAAUAUAAUAGUAGUGUUUAAAUCAAUUACUUAUUUGUAAUUAUGUUUUUAUAUAAUGUCGACUAUUGUUGCAUGUUGAUAGAAAGUAAUAUAUAAUAAUAAAGUUGAAGUAGCUAUAUGUUGAAGUGUGGCUGUCCGUCGGUGUACGUACAAGGUCUGGCGCGCCCGCGCUGUCGCCAAAUGUUACAGUUUCAAUACAUAAAGUAAGUGUAAUGAUGUGAUGUUAUAGAUAUUUAUGCGUUGACGGAGAGUCCUAGUUAAGUCUCAUGUAUCUGUGUAAAUAUUAUGUAAGUGACAACAAGUACACCUUGGAUUAAAGGUCAAUCGAAACUGA